AUGGGACGGAAGCUGGCCAACUUUGGGUCGGCGAUUGAGACGCUGGAGAAAGAACUUGACGAAACGUUUGACGUAUUCGUCGAAGCCAUUCGUCCCAACCCUCUGGCUGCCAAGGCGAACGCCACUCUCCUCUUGCGCCGAUCCCGAGACAUCCUCGACUUGCAAACCCAGAUCACGGAUUUCCGAAAAGGCGUUGUCGAUCUGGUCCGACGCGACCUGGCUCGCCUGAACGCCGCAUUUCCCAACGUCGUGCCAUCCUAUAAUCUUAUGUUCCAUCUUCACUUUGAUAUACUGGGAUAUCGCGCCGUCAGCGUGCGUCUUGCUGAUGUCUUGAAACUGGGAAGUCAACUUUUGAACCCGCAGGAUCCCUCUUUCAGUGUCCAGCGUCAAGGUCUGAAGAUGAUACAAUUUGUUCAUCGAGAGUCGAUCGCAUGCAUCGAAUUCUGUAAGGACACCUUGACUGACCCGCUACUCAUGACCAACCCGUCGGUUGAAGCCGAGAUCAGGCUGCAACAGUUGCAGUUCCUUCUAUUUGCCAGGUCGACAAGAGUCCGACUGGUACACCUUGGCAGUCCUGUCGAAGACACUGCCCCUGCCAUGGACGUCGAUGCUAUCAAGGAUAGCUUGGAUGCCGCCACGAAACUCGUUCGAAGUUCUCUCCGUACCUGUGCGCCUUUCGGCCAAACCGCACGAGAUUUUGCCAAUAUCUUCGCGUCUGCGGACGAGGUCCCGUCGUCUUCGCCGAUCCCAGCGAUCAAGAACGCUCAUGUGCGUGAGACUGAAAAGCUGUGGGGGCAACACAGACUUGGUCAUCUGAGAACCUGCGCCAAGAAUCACGUUUACUCUUCAAAGACGUUCUCUGACGCCUGCCCCGAAUGCGGAAAGGGGGCUCAAAUUUCCAGCAACGAGGUCUUUCGUAAAUCUUCGAAGCAUCUGUUUGAGAUUCAGUUUCUGGAGGCAAUGCACGCCAAAUCAGCCAGUGCCCGCCAUGUCGAACCGCCCAAAGCCGAGGGCGCGGCGAGAGACCGAUCGGAGAACGAUGGACCUGUGCUGAGAGAAGAGGCAGAAGAAGCGCUCGGUCAACCGACGAGAGAAUUAACCCAGGAGGAGCGCUUUCUCAGAGCCAUGAGGAAUGGCCUGCCAAAGAUCCAAGGUGGACGGACUGGAGUCUGA